AUGGAUAUGAAUUUGUUACCUAAAGACUCGAACACAGCGGUGAACUUUGUAGAGAAAUGUAUGGCCUGGCAAAAGAAGUUAGCUCCAUGUAUAGGAUUUUUACCUGAUCAAGUUAGUUUGGGGGAGCUGGCAGCUUUUAUAUCAUAUGCACAAGCUUUCCCAAAUGGCUUCCUCGCUCUUAUAGAUACCUAUGACGUUAGCAGGAGUGGGUUGGCUAAUUUUUGUACUGUGGCGGUUGCACUAUCAGAAUUGGGUUACAGAGCACUAGGUAUACGUCUAGAUAGUGGAGAUUUAUCAUACCUUUCACAGAUUGUCAGAGAUACAUUCCGUAAAGUGGCACAAACUUUUGAUCUCCCUUGGUUUGAACAUCUAACCAUUGUUGCCAGUAACGAUAUUAAUGAAGACACAAUUCAUUCCCUAAACCAACAGGGCCAUGAAAUCAACAGCUUUGGUAUAGGAACACAUCUAGUCACAUGUCAAAAGCAACCAGCACUGGGAUGUGUAUUUAAGUUAGUAGAAGUAAAUGGCAAAGCUCGGAUAAAGCUGAGUGAAGAUGUGGAGAAAGUAACCAUUCCUGGGAAGAAAUUUGCUUAUAGGCUGUUCGGGCAUGAUGGCAAUGCAUUGGUAGACUUAAUGCAAAAACCGUGCGAGGAUCCUCCAAAAGUUGGAACUAGAGUUCUCUGCAGACACCCAUUCCAGGAAUCUAAGAGAGCCUAUGUUAUUCCUGCAGAUGUGCAAUGUUUACACAGGGAGUACUGGAAAAAUGGACAAGUUCAAGAGACGUUACCUCCAUUGAAUGAUCUGAGGAACAAAGCCAUAUCAUCUAUAAAGUCGUUGAGACAGGAUCAUAAAAGGGCACUGAACCCAACACCAUAUAAGGUAUCUUUGAGUGCAGAUCUGUACACCUUUAUGCAUAACCUGUGGUUGGAAAAUGCACCAAUAGGAGAGUUGUCGUAGAAACCGGGAGUGUUGUCAGGUUAACCAGAGAUUGUGUUCCUUGGAAUCAAAUUCAAAAUAUCAAAGACAGUGUUCAGCUGUGUUAUUUGAGGGGAUAUAAUUCUGUGUCAAACUUGGGGUGUUUUAUAUCAUAAUAUUGUGAUAGAACUUAGACUAAUUAGAGGGUUAUUUUGUGAUGUGAUAUUUUGUGACUUCCCUUGUACUACUCUGUAGUAUUGUUUAGGGCCUCCAUUGCAAAACAAUUUUGGGUUUUUCACACCUGAAUUGUUUGGAAUUCAUGUAGCUUUUUUUUCUGGAAGAAUCACUUAUUACUAAAAGCCUUAUUAAAUGUAUGAUAUAAUGUUGAACACCAGUUGGUGGGAAAAAAAUAUGCAAAAACAAUGAGCCUGCCAACACUUUAAUUGGUAUAAAAAGGAAAACAUUAGGCAAAAUUGUACUUUCUGACUUGGAUUUUUGCAUCUUAAUGAGGAAAAUUAUGGCACAUCUUGCAAAAAAGAGUUUUUAUAGCUUUAUUUUUUUUAAAUGGAAACCAUUGCCACCAGGAGAGAUAACUUAUGUUGACUUUACCAGGAGACAUAACUGUUGACUUCACAGGGAGAGAUAACUCCUGUUGACUUUACCAGGAGAGAUAACUCUUGUUGACUUCACCAGCAGAUUUAAUUCUGUUGAGUUAACCAGGAGACAAAACUGUUGACUUCACAGGGAGAGAUAACUCCUGUUAACUUCUUCAAGAGUGGUAACUUCUGUUGACUUUUCCAGGAGAGAUAACUCCUGUUAACUUGAAGUGUAAAGAAGAUGAUGUGUUUCCAUUUGUAUGCAUGGAGAGUGUAAGAUAUUGAAAUGGGAAUAACAGCUUGUCAUCUUGGUUAUACUGGAGGUAGGGAGAAUUUCCACGUUACAGUUACUGCAUUGAGAGUAAACAACAUUAUGUGUAUAAGUGAAAAUGUUCGCAAGUUUGGAAAUUUGGGAAAAUAUCAGUCAGGGUAAAUUUUAUGUUCAAUAAGACAUGUCAUUAUAGUCAAGUGAAGACAAGCUGAUAAGCAAACUUAGCUUUGGCUUUUCAGUUUUGGGUGAUUUUCAAACAUUUCAUUUAAGCAAAACAUCUGGAAUGGGUAACUUGACCUGCAAAUAUAUCCACUUGUAUAGUAAACCAAGACUUGAAAAGUCCUUUUUUCUGUUUUGCCUUUUCAUUUCUUCAAAACUGCAAAUGUAUUACUUUCAUUUAUGCAUAGUUUGACAUAAAAUGUAUAUCCGAUAUAGAGAAAACAAAGAAGAAAUGAAAAUUGUUAUGAUCAGAUAUAUUGUAGAAUAUUGAAUCUUUGAACAUAUUCUUAAUGCUUAUAUGGUACAAAACUUCAUAUGAGUCUACAAGUUUUGGUAUACAUUUACGAAAAAAAUAUUUUUAGCUGUUUUCAAAGGAAUCUUUUUUCGCCUCAAAUAAUAUGAACAAUUUUGCAAAUGUUUGUCUCUUGCAACUACAAAAAAAAAACCUGCAGAAUUCUCUGCUUAGUUUUUCUAAAUUUCAAAAAUGAAUAUAGCUCUAAGGUUAUAAAAGAUGUUUGGAGACCAGUCUCAGAAUGCAGCAUUUUGAUUGGUCAGUUUCAAAUUUGUUUCAGAAACAACCAAACAGAUGCAAAAGUUUCGAGACUGGUUUCAGUGCCUAGCUUUGUAGCCUGAAUUUGUUAAAUUAUAAAUGAAAUUUUUAUUAUUGUUAUUGCAAAGUGGUUUUCGCUUUUAUUGUUGUAUAAUAGCUUAGAGCAGAGAUGCAAAUCAUGUAAUAGAGAGUUUGUACUUAUUUAUAUCUUUAAAUGUACAUGAGCAAUUCUUUGAUGUUUUUAGGACACACUAUUUGAUAAAACCGUUGGUCUUUGUUUACUGCAAUCCCAGUCAUACUUGGCCGUGCAGGCAUUUUACUUAAACUGGUUGAACCAAGAAAUCCAGCUUUAAUGUUUUUAAUAGCACAUUAUUAAUGGGUUCAAAUGCAGUGUUGAUAUUUUUAAUAGUGCAUUACAUACCUUUUUUGUAUUUUAAUAUUUUAGUCAGUGCAUAUUAAAAUGAUUACAAUGUUAAAAUCAAACCAUUUUAUCCAUUCUGUAAACGGGUUAGAACAUUGUUGGCCAGAUUACCUAUAUGUGAACACACAAUCACUUUUUAUGCAAAUAUUUUAAAGAUAUACUACAAUGUAUGUCCAUAAUCUUUUGCUAAAAUAUUUUGUCAUGAGGUAUUAUUUAAAUUUAGAAAAUUUUCUGAAAAAUAUUUAAGUUGACUUAGUACAUAAAACAAUCAGGCUUAUUGCUAUAAAAUUGCACUGGACUAUUACUUAUUAGUAAAGGGAGAUUAUUAGAGUAGUUAUUAUAAUGUAUGAAAUAGCUCUUAAAUGUGAUAUCUAGUAACAUUUGUUUGUUAAAAAGACUUUCAGAUUUUUAUAUGGCAUAACAUAUUUAUACUGUAUGUGCACACGUGUACACAUGUAGUAUUUUAAACCUAAAAUACAUUGUUUAUACACGUUUUACAAGAUGUUUAGUAAUUGUUCAAAUUUUCAAUAUAAAUUUUGGGCAUAUUAUGUCCUUAAAUUAGAAAAAAAAAACUGUGGAAUUGUGCUUUGUACAUGUGUAAUCACUUUGGAAUUGUACUUUGUACAUGUGUUAUGUUACAAGCUAUAAGCAUUUUGAUACCUGUCAUACUAACAUCUUACAUUUCAAAGUGGAUUUUUGAAAAUAAGUAACAUUCAUGUUUUCAUAUUUUUCUCUCUUUUUUUUACCAGUUUUGAACAUUAUUAUUCACCUGGCAUUAUUUUUUUUCAGACUUACUUUUGGGCAGCUGUUUUUCAGAAUGGACUUUUUAUUUCAGAAGAUUCAAUAUUGUUAUUUAUUUUUGACUGGUUUAAGGUCUUAAUAUUUUCAUGAUAAUUUUUGUCUUGUUUGUUAAAAAAGAAUUUUAGCACAUGAUAAGAAACAUAUGUUUCAUUGUUGGAAAUUUACAUACCUUAUAGACCAUAAUGGACUAAUAAACUCGUCUAUCUUUAAAUUUGAAUAGUUUGUACCAUAUAUUGUUUAAAGGGGUGCAUAUCAAAAAGAUACUGACUGAACGGUGAACAAUGUAGAUUAUUUUGCAGGCUGAAUCAUUUCAGCAUGAUAAGGGUUAAAUCUUAACCUUUAAUAUUGUCUUUUACUACUUUUUAUUGACAUUUUUUCUGUUACAUAAAAGUAUUGUUUAUAUUGCUAAUGUUACUUUUAUCUUUUAUGAUUUUUACAAGUCUGUAGGUAUACAAGCAUUAUGCUUUUUACAUUUGGAAUAUUAUGAACUAUUAAUUGUUUUAUGAUGUGUAAGAUUUUGUAAAAAGUAAAUUAUUGUAGAAAUAGCUGUCCAUAACAUCUUUACAAGAACAGUUUGAUAUAGUUGACACCAAAAGUAGAGUACUUGUUACAUAACAGAUUUUGAUUCCAUAUCUCAUGUUUUUCUUUCGAUAUAUAAAUGAGAUGUGGAACCAAAAUUUUUAGUCCUGUUUGGCGCCAUAUAACCUAUACUGUGUUGGUGCACCGUAAAACCCAAAUAAAUUGUUACAUAACAGAUUUGGUAGGAGCUUGUGAUACAGUCAACUGCAGUGUAUUGUAACUGAUGUGUACAUUUUGUAGUGUGUUUUUACAUCAUGUAUACCUACAUACUCAGCUAUAUGUCAUAGUAUUAAAUAAUAAGUCAAAACAACAAAUUUCAGUAUCACACUCUUUAAAAGGUACAUUUACAGUUGAACUUGUCUUAGCAGUCACCUGUAUUAAGCGGCCUCUUGCCUAAUACAGCCCGUCAGGUAAAUUCCCAAAUGGAUUUUCUGUUCUUAUGUUUGAUUUGUCUUAAGGUAUCUGAUCCAUAAACAGGUCACAUUUCCAUGCCUGGUGACCCCAUAUUUUUUUGGUAUCUUUUGAAAGACUUGUGUUUUUUGAACAAGAAUUAGUAAAUAAGAUGACCGUUGAUGAUAGAUAAUAUGUAAGAUUUAUUACAGUUUAUUGGUUUGUGAAAUGAUAAAACUUACACUGUAAUAACUGGAUUUAUGUUGAAGUAUCACUGAAGAUUUUAAAAUAAAAGAAUAGAACUUCUGUAACAUAUUUUUUCAUGUAAUUUGUAUUUUCUUUUUCAAUAAUAAUACAUUUUCAAAUGAUACCAAAAUUAUAUGAGCUUACCAGGCAUCAAUAUUUGAUAUAUGAGCCGUGCCAUGAGAAAACCAACAUAGUGGGUUUGCGACCAGCAUGGAUCCAGACCAGCCUGCGCAUCCGCGCAGUCUGGUCAGGCUCCAUGCUGUUCGCUUUUAAAUCCUAUUGGAAUUGGAGAAACUGUUAGCGAACAGCAUGGAUCCUGACCAGACUGCGCAGAUGCGCAGGCUGGUCUGGAUCCAUGCUGGUCGCAAACCCACUAUGUUGGUUUUCUCAUGGUGCGGCUCAAUUAUGAUAGCUCUUAUAUGUAGAACUUCAUUAUUUGUGGAUCUGAUACCUUAAGCUAGUGGAUACAGGAGUAAAUGGAUUUGAUAACACAGCCCUAUGUCCAGCUUGUUAACUUGCUUGUCCAAUUGGUAAAAAGUGUCAUAUUGGUGAGUGUGUAAUGUUGUACAUAUAGAAUUAGUGCCAUUAAACACUGAAUUAGGGCAUAAUUUUACACUUUGUAAUUUUAUUGUUGGAUGAAAGUAUAAUUUACCCCUUUUCUUUGUUUAACCAAAAAUAAUAUUGUAAUAUACCAACUUUUAUCUAGAUAAAAUAUAAAUACGUUGUUUGACGAAUUCUUUUUGAUAAAACCAUUUUGUAUGUAUUCAUAUUUUGGGUGUACUUUUUCCCUCACAUUUUGAACAAGAUAUUAUGAAAAUACUUAUUCUAAUUAGUAUUGAUUCAUUUGUCAAUUAAGCAAAACAGGAGAUCAAGCAUUGUAUAAUCUGUGAUAAACCAUGGGUUUGAUGCAAAGACUGGUGAGAAACCAUUUUGAUGUCAGAUUUUUCUGCAUACAUCGUGGUUUAUUACCAUGUAAUGGAUGAAGCUCAGCAUGUUUUUGAUGAACACAUUUCUGUGAGCAUGUUAAAAUGAAAAUAAUCAAGGCUUUUUUUAUGGUUUAUUGUUUGAUAUACCAUGGACCAUCAUUCAGAUGUUUAGAUAUUUAAUCAUGAAGGUGUAUGAACCUUGAACUGUGGUAUGUCUGGAAGUAAACAUUGUGAAGGCUUUGUUUAUUUAGAUAUCAUACAAAAUAUGUAGAUACAGAAACUCCUUAAAUUCUUUUGCAAGUUAGCCCAACCACGUAGCUCAGUAGGGAGAGUGCAUAUCUAAGAAUCACAGGGUCAUGGGUAUGAUCCUCGGGCAAUGCUCAUGUUCUCCGUGACAAUUUGAUAAAAGACAUUAUGUCUAAAAUCAUUUGUCUUCCACCUCUGUUUCUUGUGGGGAAGUUGACAUAUACUUGUGGGGAACAGGUUUGUACUGGAACAGAAUCCAGAAGCACUGGAUAGCUAUCAAUAACUGCCCACUGUGACAUAACUAAAAUACUGUUGAAAUUAACGGUAUUAAACCCAAAAAUAAACAUAACUGUAUAAUGGAACUUUUGACCCAGCUUGCAAAGAUCUAUUAAGAAGUAAUAUAACCCAUAUGAGAGAAAGCAAAAGAAAUAAAAACUAGUAUUUUAUGAUGCUGGAAAUCAACCAAAAUAACAGCCAUUAGUCAAAAAUCCUAAUUAAGAUAAUGUUUUAGCCUGUCUGCUUAGUUUGAUAUGGAGAACACUGAAAUAUGUAUCGCAGUGUCGUGAGUUUGAUCCCAAGGCAAGGUCACGAUUUGAUAAAAGACUGUGUUUGAAGUCAUUUUGUCCAUGGCCUCUGAGUCAUGGGGAGAAGUUGGCAUGUACUUGUGCAGUACCUACAGAAUCCAGGAAUACUGGCUAGGUUAAUUGCCCCCGUUACAUAACUGAAAUACCUUAAAAAUGAUGCUUAACCCGAAACAAAACUAAAUCAUGGUACAUUGAAUUUUUACUAAUCUUAAACACAACACCCAUGACUCUGUAUAUUAAUUAAAAAUCAGAGAACAUUUUCAACAAUAUAAAGUUGGAAAGAGUAUGAGAUAAUUUCAUUUCUUACCUGAUAAAAGUGUAUCUUUUCUAUUAUACGGUGUUUGUUAUUGUGAUUUGAUAGUUUAUAUGAAUGAUGUUAGAAUUGUUAUUAGUCAGUCAUAUUUUACUUACAUUUCUGCACAGUAGAGGGGAUAUAGAGUUUAUACAUGUCUAGUAAUGGUAGGGAACCCUGUUUAACAGUAUUUAGGAUUUGUGUCUAGUAAUGGUUGGGACCUCUGUUAUAUGGGAUUUUGGAUUUAUUCAUGUCUUUUAAAAGGCAGGACCUUUUUUCAUGGAUUUAUUUAAGUUAAUUAAAGGUCAGAGUCUCCUUUUAUGGGAUUUAGGAUUUAUUCUUGUCUACAUUAGGUAGGGAACUUAGUUAUUGGAUUUAGGAUUAAUUUAUUUCAAGUAAAAGCCAAUAUCCAUAUUUAUGGGAUUUGAAUUUACUCCUGUGUAAAUUAGCUUGGGACCCCUGUUUUAUGGCAGCUGGUAUUUUAUUCAUGUCAAGUAAAGUUCAGACCUUAAACAUGUCUAGUAAAGUUUGGAACUCCUUUUUUAUGGAAUAUGUCUAGUAGUAAAAUAUGUGGAUUCCUGAUGUUUGACUGUGAUCAUUUUUAAUUGACAUUCAUUCAUGUUUUUAACAUACUGAUGUUUUAAUCAAAUGUAGAAAUUUGGUUUGUCUAGAUUCAAAGUUACCUUUCCAGCUGGUUAUACUGCGAAAAUGCUUUAACUUGGUUUUGUAUACAAUAACUUAGUGAUUCUAUGUUGAAGAAAAUGGAAAAACACUUUGCUGCAACUAUUUAGCAUCAUGAAAGUACCAAACAAAGUUUGGUUCUAUAACUCUAUUACUUCUUACACUACUUUGCACAUUCAUUUUUUGCUUAAGUUAAAAAAAAUUGGUAAAACUUCCUAUCUAAGUUUGUAUUAUGUAGAAAGGCUCUUGUUAUAAGUAGGUCAUACUAUCCCAUUUCUAACAAUAUGGCUGUUCAAUUAAUAUGCCCAUGUCCUUUAAUGGAAAGGUCAUUUUAAAUUUGACUUUUGUACUUUAAUAUCUAUAAACUAAGAUGGUUAAAUCAUUUUAAAUUCACAGCCACUGAUAUUGUUCAUGGCUGUAAUAAAGAGCAAGGUACAUAACGUCCAAGUUUAAUUGGAUGUUUUCCAUUGUAAUUUUCAACCAAAAAGUAAUGAAUGUAAAUUUUCCUCAGAUUAUAAUUAAACUUUCAGAAUAUCUUUGUGCAAAAAAAAAACAACAUCAUUUUAUUUUGUAAAAAAUAUAUGAAACAGCACAUUUUGGGCAUAAAACGGACAUUAUUUGAUAUAUCAUAAAGAUAAAAAGGGUCCAACUUCUACCACUGGGGACUGUAAAAAUGAUGUAUAACUUGUGUAUGUAACUUGCAAGCAGAUCAGCAAUCCACACAAAUUUUUUUACAGAAAUGGUAGAUAAAACAGAAGAAGAAUAACACAAACUUUUUCCCAUUUUGCUUCAUAACUCUGUCUUAUUUCUGACUUUAAUAUUCCAGAUGCAUUUAAUUCUUAUAUAUCGGAGGCCUUAUGGUUUUCUAUUUUCUUGCAAAACUACCUUGAGUUUCAAGAGUGGGGUUGGAUAUAAAUCAACAGUGGGGCUGGUUACAUCUUCGAUUUAUUAGUUUUUAAUAGAGAGAGGUUCCAGUAUGUGUAGCUGUAUAGCAAAGCUCUAUUCAUAAUGAUUGAAAAUAAGUGUCUGACAAAAAGUGUGAAUUAAGUAAAACAUUCCUUGCUUUUAUUUAACCGAAAAAGAGAUAAAUUUGUACAUUUUCACACAGUAGGCGCUUGGUGUUAGUCGUACACAUACACACACUUAUACAUAAAAUUUUAGGAAAUCACAAGGUCUCAUAUAUUGAAAGACAAGAUGUAAUGACCUGUCAAAGUCACAAUAUGUAAUUCUAAAACAAUGAUUGAAUGAACUUUUACCUAAAAAAUGUACUGAAAAAGAUUUUGGAACUAGCAUUUUGCACUAUUGACUGGUAAAUGAAUGCAUUUAUCAUACAGAAUAUAUUUACCAGUUGAAAUAAAAGACAGUUUGUUUGAA